AUGUCGCGUCAAGCAAUCCGGCUUGGUGCGCUUGCAGUUGCGUGCUGUGUGGCUUGGGUUCUUCCCCGGGCCUUUGUAUCACCGUCACAGACCCUAGGCCCGACGCAGACCCAUGGCUUCGCGAGGAGUGAGAGGCCGGUGGCGCCCAUGGUGAUGCGGGCAGACGCGCGGCCCUCCGCGCAGGCGAGCUCCGGGUCUAGCAGCUUCAGCAUGCUCGGCCGGGCCUCUGCAGCGGCCCUCUGUGCCUUGGUGGCCACAGUCGCAGGCAGACGUUCCCACCAGCGCGCCGAGAAGGUUGUGGUCCGAAUUUUCCCAACUCGGGUGCGCAGCCGACAAAAGACCAUGCGUCGCCUGGAACCAUUCGGCGAGAUGCCCGCAUGGUCGCGCAAGCCCCUCCUGAGAAAAAGGCUCAAGCAACCCUGGCGAAAGCGCCCAUCGCCCAAGUUGUCCAUGAAAGGUCGCUACUGGAUAGAGAGAUCACGGGUCAGCUGCCACUAUAACGUCAAGAUCUCACAGCUCACCAAGUAUGUCUUGCGAGCUUUCAAGGAGGGUCGCAAGCACCCAAUCGACACUUUGAUGCAGAUCCUGGAGAGCCGCCUCGACAACUUCGUGUGGCGAGUGGGCCUGGCACCGACCAUGGCAGCCGCGCGCUGGAUGGUGCGGGAGAACCACAUCCAGAUCCGCCAUGCACGGAAGGAAGAUGACUGGCGAGCGCCACGCUGGGUGACCACGAAUGUGCCAUCUACACUUCUGAUGCUGGGUGACCAGAUCCGGGUGCGCCCGAAGAAGAGCUCCCAAGGUCUUGCAAAAAAGCACCAAGAAGAAGAUGGCGAGGUUGAUGUCCCCGACCAUCUGGAGUGGGAUCGCGAGGCGCUGUAUGGCAGGUACAAUGACGUGUGUGAUUCAAACCAACUGGGGAUGAAUGUUUGCGAGGACUUCUUGCUCUACAAGUUUCUUGGGCCAACGGGUGUCAGACAGCGGCACAUCCGCUGGUUCGAGGGCACCACCAUUCCCAUCCCAAAGAUCUACAACGGAGGCCGCAUCCGACCCACACCCGAGAACAUCCUGAACAUGAAGAAGGGAGCUGGCAUGCGCAAGCGUGGCAGGACCCGACCUCCGUCGUUGUGGGGCAUGAAGGGCGGCAAGCAGCGCAACGACCCCUGGGAGUACGGCAGCAAGGUCAAGGUGUGA